AUGUCAAAAGCCAUCUUCCUCAACCCCAUUGAUGGUAAACCCGGCAAGCCGGGUCAAGUCUAUUACCCCCUCGCUGUGAAGACCCUUCCCCAGCCUGUACCUCAAGGCAGCGAGGUUCUAGUAAAGCUCACAGCUACAUCACUAAACCAUCGCGAUGUGUUCCUUCGCCAACACCUCUAUCCGGGCGUCACCUUCGACGUUCCCAUGGGUGCCGACGGUACGGGAACCGUGAUAGCCGCCGGUGAAGGAGUGCGCGAUCCGCAACGCUGGAUCGGGAAGCGGGUGGUCAUCAACCCAGGAGUAGGGUGGAAGGAUUCUCCGGAUGGACCGGAGGAUCCCAAAGGGUACAGAAUCCUGGGCGGGACAAAGUCGUACAACAAGGGGACGAUGCAGGAGUAUCUCGCCGUCGAUGAGGGGGAGCUGGAGGAGGUGCCCGACCAUUUGUCGGAUGCAGAGGCAGCGUCAUUUCCGCUCACUGGCUUGACGGCGUGGAGAGCGCUGGUGGUCAAGGCUGGAGAGAGGAACUCGAGCAAGGGAGCUGCAGUCCUGGUGACCGGGAUUGGAGGUGGCGUGGCAUUGAUGGCGCUCAAGCUUGCCGUAGCUAGGGGCGUGGAUGUCUAUGUGACGAGCUCGAGUGAGGAGAAGAUCCGGAAAGCAAUUGAGCUGGGGGCUAAGGGAGGUGUGAAUUACAAGCAGGAGAAGUGGGAACAGAAAUUGUUGGAGUUAUUGCCUACAGGGAAAGUGGCUUUCGAUGCGAUUAUUGACGGGGCUGGAGGAGAUUCGGUGGAUAAGGCCGUCAAGUUGCUUAAGCCUGGUGGUGCUCUUUGUGUGUAUGGCAUGACGGUCGCACCGCAGAUGCCGUUCUCCAUGAAGGCUGUUCUGAAGAAUAUUGAUGUCCGGGGCUGUACGAUGGGCUCGCGCAAGGAGUUCAGGGAGAUGGUCGAGUUCAUCAAGACGCACAAGAUCCAUCCAGUCAUCUCGCGGGUUCUGCAGACUGAUCUGGAGGACAUUCCUGCGAUCGAUGAGAUUUUCCAGGAUAUGAAGGACGGGAAGCAAUUCGGGAAGCUGGUGAUUGAGUUCGGCAAGACCUCUGGAAGCAAGCUGUAA